AUGGUUGGUCUCCUCGAGACGGAAAUGGUUUGUUUGGAGAGAGUUAAAGAGUAUUCACAACUCGAACCGGAAUACAGUUGGGAAUCAACGGAUGCUAACAAACCCUCUGAUCUUUGGCCCCGAAGUGCUUCCAUAGAGUUCAUCGAUUAUAGCGCUUCCUAUAGACCGGGACUCGAACCGGUUCUCAAGAACUUGAACUUCAGGGUAGAGUCGGGAGAAAAAGUGGGAAUAGUUGGCCGGACGGGUGCCGGGAAGUCGUCGAUGACUUUGGCGUUGUUUAGGAUAAUAGAGCCGACAUUCGGACAGAUAGUAAUCGAUGGCGUGGAUGUGACU